GAAGUCGAGGAAAGGCCACAACAAGCACCUCGGCAUUUAAACACCUCCGCAUUUAAACGCAGACCAAACUAAAAACCGUUUUUUCUAAAACGUGUUUCCUUAAAGGAUACGUUUAAAACUACUACACCCACAAUGCACCGCAAACUGUAAACAGGAAGCGUUCACCCCGCACGCGCCGUUUCGAUGUUUAACAUUAAUGUAACUUUAACCGGGCGAUUUCUAAAACGCAAAAUGACGAUACACGAUGGUAUUAAACGCCAAACGAUACGCGCGGCGCCGCAUCGACGUUAAAUAACGCCAAUAAAGGAGUGGGCUGCUUACAUGCACGCGCAAUAGUGGUUACCCAUGGAGACCGGUGACGCCUGAUCAGAUUUAGCUAACAAGCUAACGUUAGCUAGAUUAGCUAGGCCGGCUAGCUAGCUAAAUUAGCUAACGUUUACUGCUUCAAAAUCUAACACUGACGGAAGAGAUUUUAAAAAAAUGGAUGCAAAGAAGGGCAAACUAUCCAAAGCUCACUCACCAGACCUCCCAGUGAGGAGAAAAGCAACUCGCAGUGGACCUUUAACUCGUACUUCUGCCACUGAUAACAUCUUCAGCAUGCUGGCAGAGGAGGUAAAGAGGGACGGGGACACUGAGGACUCUGAUGUGUCAGCCGCAGACCCAAACGACAUACUGAAGAACCUGAAGGACAUGGAUGAUAUGGACGCUGACAUUUUUGCACCACAGAAAAAGCCCAGUUCAGCUCCUGCACGAACAAAGCCGCUUGGUAAUGAAGGGCUAAGGAAAGAGUCGUCCGCCUUAGAAAGUACGUUAAAACCAGAGGGAGCAGAUGAACCCGCGGCGGUCGGGAGGAGGACAAACUCUGCGCCCUCGUCCACAGCGAAUAACCACAAGAAGUUCACCUUCUCCGAUGCAGACGACGCCCUGGCGGCUCUUGAUGACUUACUUCCAGAUGAAACUACGGCCAAACCUCAAACCAAAAUGCAGCUGGAAAAACCUGCACCAUCUCCUUCAGCGUCUCCUGUCCUGAAGACUGAAACCUCUACGGCAGCAACGAGGCGAAGCGGCCUCACCUUUGAUGAUGAUGAUGAAGACGACCUCAUGGAUGCACUAGGAUUCGAGAGCGAUAGAAACAAACCCAAGAAGAAAGACACCAUGUUUUUGUCCAACGGGAAAAGGAGCGAGAUCCCUCCGAGACCUCGCACCAAACUAGACGAGAUCCUGAAGAGUUCGACGUCAACUCGACUUCUGGAGCGACCCCCGACGGGCGAGAGGAAGGACCAGGAGCCGGCGAGAGUGCCGCCGCUAGAAGAUUCUCUGACUUUUGGCGCCUAUCAGCCCACCAUGGGAUCCCCGGCUGAAGAGCGCCAGUCCCGCAGGCAGUCUGUCAGGUUUUCCACCGAGGACGUCGGCCCCUCGACCCCGGAGAAGAAACCGAAAGCCGCCACCACCCCCCCCUCCGCCCGUCGGCGCUCCUCGGCCGACUGGCUGGGCCUCAAGACGAGGGACGACCAAACCCUCCCGGUGGCCGCCGCUGAAGAGGCCAAAACCUCCCCAGAGUCUCCCCCCUCGCCCUCCCCCUCCCCAGAGAGACGACCCUCCCUGACUGGUGGUCAGGCCGACAAACAACAAACCAGGCCGGAGGCCCCUAGAGGCCAGCAGAGAGAGGAAGAGGGAGCGCUGAGCGGGAUGAAGGCAACGUGGAGCCGCGAGGCCCAAACACCCCGACGGAGAGACUCUCCGGUCCUGGGAGGAGACUCGGAUGUGGAGUCCACUUUUGGUAAACCAGCUCCCAGAAGCCGAGAGGACCCUCUCUCAUCGGCCAGGGACGCCAGCAGCACCUUCCUGGGGGGGCCCGGCCCCUCGGCUCACCCCGCUCCCGUCGGAGAGACGACCCGGCGAGAUGGCUUUCCUCCUCCUACUGGUCCACGGCCGGUCUCUGCCGCUAGCGUUAGCCACGCCCAACCACAGCCCCUACCCCACCACCUGCCGUCCCAUAAGGGACCCGGGGUGCCGAGUCAGGCCUCGCAUGAAACCCUGCAACAGCUGCCUGCUCUCCAACAACAGGUGACGCUUUCAGCAGACAGCCUGCAGCAGCUGCUUCUACAACAGCAGAUGAUGCACCAUCAGUUCCUGGGUCUGGGGAGCGUCGUGGAUCGGGGGGCUCUCCAAGAGAGAGAGCAGCACCCUGGAGACCUUCACGCGUCACAGGCUCGCAUCAUCCAACUGGAGGGCCAGAUGAAGACUCUGCAGCUGGAGCGAGAGCAAAGCCAGAUGCUUCUAGAGAAGGUCCAGCACCAGCAUAAACAGGAUAUGGAACUGAUGGAGAACGCACACAAGAGCCGCGUGAAGCUGCUGGAGGAGUCGGCGGCCCAGCGGGAGGCACAGGCGCGGAAGGAGUGCGAGGACCUGGCGGAGCGUCUCUCCGGGGCGACGCGGUCGGCAGAGCAGGAGCGCUCGCAGCUGCAGGCGCAGUACCAGCGCAAAGUGGCACAGGCGCAGCAAGACCGGGACCGAGAGGUGGAGCGGCUCAGAGACCUCCAGAGGAAGUCCAUCCUGGAGAUGAAGAGGGACCACGAGGAGCAGCUCCAGAGACUGAAGAAAUUAAAGGAUGAGGAGAUUGAUGCAGUUACAAGUGCAACGUCUCAGACCAGGUCUCUUACGGUGGUGAUGGAGCAGAUGGAGCACUUCUCCUCUCGGCUGGGGGAUCUGUCUUCUCGGGUGGAGAGCACACACGAACACGCGGCUCACGGCCUGGAGCAAGGGGCCCGGCAACGAGACGAGCAGCUCCGAAUGAUGCAGGACCGUCUGGCCCAGCAGCAGAAAGCCAUGGCGGAGGAGCGGGUUUACCUCAAGGACAUCAUCUCCAGGAUGGACGCUCAGCUCAGCGAGCAGCAGAGACAGCUCGAGAAGGAGCGCUGGAAGGUGACAGCGGAGCAGGCCAAGGCCGAGUCCACCCAGAGAGCCGUGGAGGGCGAGCGCCACGCCCUCAGCUUGCAGAUCAACGUGGAAAGGGAGGAGCUGGAGAGAGCGAAGAGCGCACUGCUGGAGGAGCAGAAGUCGGUGAUGCAGCGCUGCGCCGAGGAGAGGAGGAAGCUGGCCGCCGACUGGGCCCACUUCCACAGCCUGGAGAAGCAGAGGCACGACAGGGCGGAGCGGGAGGUCAGCAGUCUGCUGGAGAAGAGGGGGGGGUCCAUCGUCAGCCUGGCACAGGAACAAGCCGACUUAAAGCUCCACGGUGCCGAGCUGAGACAAAAGGAGGUGGCUGCGUCCCAGGAGCGAGGGACCCUGGACCGACUGAGGGAGGAACUGGACCGAGAGAAAGAGCGAAUAAGCAGCGCGGCCGUGAGACUCAAGACGCGAGCCCACGAGGUGGAGGCCUUCAGCGAGCUCGCCGCGGAGAAGUACGAGGAGGGAGAGCGGGCGCUGCGGGAGGCAAAGCGGUUGGAGGCCGAGCACGAGGCGAGGCUCCGAAACAUCCACAGCCAGGCGGAGCGGCUGAGGCAGCAGGAGCAGCGAAUCCUGCAGGAGCGAAGGAGGUUGAGUCACCUGCAGGAGGAGCCCGAGAGGCUGAGGCCAAACGCCGCCGUCGCCUCGACGCCACGGAUGAUUGCAGCCGACAGACCAGAUGCGGGUUCGUUUUUGCCAAAUCCCGAGCUAUCGUCGAUCCUGAACGACCCCCCCCCGGCGCCGUCCGCCAGCUCUCGGGCCAUGGCUCUUCAGGCGAGUCUGGCCCUGUGGAAGUACACGGCGGAGAAGGACCGAGAAUACCUCCAAGAGGAGCAGAUCUUUUUAGAGAAUUUAAAGAAGAAAGCUUACAGAUCAACUUUCAAUGCAAAUUGACCAUCACAUGCUGGGUGUCCCCAGUUGGAUUCAAGUUUUUAAUGUGCGUGAAUAUAUUCAA